AUGGCCACUUCCGAUGCUACACUCAAAGCUGAGGGUGGAGAGCAGAAGGGGGAGGAGGAGGAGGAGAAAGAAAAGCCAUCAGAAGCAGCUGUGGGGGUCGGCCAAGGAGAAGAAGCCAGAGACCUUCCUGGACCCCUUCAGACUCCGAGGAGGACGUCCCGCAGAGAAUGCCAGCUCCGGGUCCUGACAGAGCAACACCCCCUGCAGUACAGGUGGGUUCUGUGGUUCUUCAAGAAUGACCGAAGCCGGGCCUGGCAGGACAAUCUGCAGCUAGUCACCAAGUUUGACACUGUGGAGGACUUCUGGGCGACCUACAGCCAUAUCAAGCUGGCCAGUAAGCUCUCUUCUGGCUGUGACUAUGCUCUGUUCAAGGAAGGCAUCCAGCCCAUGUGGGAAGACAACAGGAACAAGCGGGGUGGCCGCUGGCUGCUCAGUCUUGCCAAACAACAGCGCCACACCGAACUGGACCGUCUGUGGCUGGAGACAGUGACGGUGGUUGCAGCGGUCGCAAAGCUGGUGGGGUGGACCCUGUUUCCAAGCUGGAGCACUUACAACCUCCUUUGGGCCCAGUUGCUAUGUCUGCUUGGGGAGAGUUUUGAGGAAUCCAGUAAGGAUGUCUGUGGAGCUGUUGUCAACAUCCGCACCAAGGGGGACAAGAUUGCUGUCUGGACAAGUGAGGCAGAGAACCAGACGGCAGUGAUGCACAUCGGGCAGGUAUACAAAGAACGUCUGGGCCUCUCUACCAAGACCAUCAUUGGGUACCAGGCCCAUGCAGACACUGCUGCCAAGAGCAACUCUUUAGCCAAGAACAAGUUUGUGGUGUGA